UUCCCAAAACAAAGAUAAAUGAUUCAUUGAAUUUUCAGCAAUAGAAGUGAGAGUGAAAAAUUUAUAUAAAAUGAUGACAAUAUAAGAUUAAAGAAGCAAAAGAGAUGCUGCAAUUUUAUUCAUUUUUUAUUUAGAUGAAAAAAAAAAAAAAUCCCGCUUAUCCUCCCACGUAGAUUACCGAGGAUUCCCGAAGGCUCACAUACACACACACAAUUAAACUAUCGUGCACAAUCGCAUUUCAGUCGCCUUUCACGAGCCCCCUUGAUCGGAUGUAAUCGAAUUUCUGUCUAAAAUUCCAGAUGGAAUAAAUCCAUCAAAAAAAUACUCAUUUUAUAAAAAAUAAAAAAAUUAAUCUAAUAAAAUAUCUAAAUUGUUUGUUAUUAUUUUUUUAAUAAUUAAUAACAAAACAAUGUCUAAUAAAAGUUUAAAAAAUUUUAAGAAAAAAAAAUAUGAGUAAAAAAUUAUCAAAUAAACAAACGGUAUUAUUGUGUGCUUGUUAAAUUAAAUUCUUGACGUUUUAACUCUUAUAAAUAAAAUAAUUUUAAUUAUAAUAAUAUUGUGUCUGUGUGUAAGUGUUUUAUAAUAUUUAAAAAAUAAUUGUCUAAUAAUUAUAUGCCAAUGAUAAACAAUAACAAUAUAUUAUUUGUUGUGAUUGAGUGAGAAUAAAAAGUCAAAUAAACUUGUUUACAAAAAGGAGAAAAAAUAUUAAUAAAAUCACUCAGCAUCAUUUGAAAAAAUCAUCGUGGGCGUUGGUUAAUAUUAUCAACAAAUAAAUAAUAAAUUUAAUAAAUAUUAUUUAUAAACAAUAUGUGUUAGUUAAAACCAGCAAAAAAAAUUAUUAUUAAUUUUUGACACGAAGAUUAAAUUAUUGCCAAAAGAAAAGCGAAAAAAAAAAAAAAUAAUAGAAUGACUGGGUUCGCAGGAGUCGUGUCAUUCAAAAAGAAGAGCAUUUUCUUUGUCGUAUUUAUUUGGCAUUUGUCUUCAUGCAUUGCAAACAACAAUGUUAAUUCACCACCAUCAUUUGAAGCUAGUGGAUUUCCAAUUGGUCUACCAUUGUCUGAAGAUAUACCAGUUGGUACAAGAGUAUUUACACUAAAAGGUCAUGAUCCAGAAAAUUCAAAUGUCAAGUAUGGAAUUCAGUCAACUGAUAAAUUUACAGUUGAUCCAUCAACUGGAGUCAUCACACUGUCAAAACCACUCGAUCGUGAGAUAAAUGAUACAAUAAAUUUUUUUGUAACACUUGAGGAUGAAGUACCAGAUGGUCAAGAGCCAAAUGUCGUACGUCAUGAAGCAUAUGUACUGGUUAUUGAUAUUAAUGAUAAUCCACCAAAAUUUACUGGUACACCAUAUGAAGCUGUUGCUGCUGAAGAUACAAGUAUUGGUACAACAAUAUUACCUGGUAUACGUGUUACUGAUCCUGAUUUAAUUGGUGAUAAUAUAGUUGUUGAAUGUGUACCACAAGCACAGUUUCCAGAUGCAUGUAGCAAAUUUGGUAUUGUCAAUGUUGAACAAAGUCAAAAUACCUAUGUUGGUGCACUUGUAUUACGUGAACCACUUGACUAUAAACAACGACCAUUUUAUCAAUUACUUUUACGUGCAAGUGAUGGAAAUAAUAGUGAAACAACUGGUGUUGAAAUAAAAAUAACAGAUAUACAAAAUAGUCCACCAGAAUUUUUAGAUUCAUUAACUGGUAUUGUUCAAGAAAAUGAUCCAAUUGGUACACUUGUUAUGACUGUUAAAGCACGUGAUGGUGAUAGAGGUAUGCCACGUAAAAUAAUAUAUGAAUUAGUUACAAAUCCAUUUGAUUAUUUUUUACUUGAUCGUGAUAAUGGUGAAUUACGUACAGCAAAACCACUUGAUCGUGAAGCAAUUGAUAAUUCAUCAUCAGGUGUAUUAACAUUAAUAAUAAAAGCACGUGAAAUAAUAAAUAAUAAUAAUAAUAAUGAUAUUGGUAAUGAUAAUUUAACAGUUACAAUUGCUGAAGCAACAGUUACAAUAAAAGAUGUUAAUGAUGAACCACCAAAAUUUAAUAAAAUUGAUUAUAAUAUUGAAAUACCAGAAAAUGUACCAGAUGGUACACCAUUACCAAAUCUUGAUAUGAUUGUUAAAGAUCCAGAUGUUGGUAUUAAUUCAGUAUUUUCAUUACGUCUUGAUGAUAUUACUGGUGCAUUUAGUGUUGAACCAAAACAAGCAACUGGUAGUACAUCAGUUAAUAUACGUGUUAAAAAUGGAACAUUAGAUUAUGAAAAUCCAAAUCAACAAAAAUUUAUAAUUCUUGUUAUUGCUGAAGAAUUACAUACAAAUCCAAAAUUAUCAUCAACAGCAACAGUUACAAUAACAAUAACUGAUGAAAAUGAUAAUGCACCAUCAUUUAAUAGUCCAACAUAUACAGCAAUUGUAUCAGAAACAGCAACAUCUGGUAUACCAGUUGUAACAAUUAAAGCUAAAGAUCGUGAUAGUAAUAAAUAUGGUACAAAUGGUAUUAUAUAUCAACUACAAGGACAAGGCUCAGAACAUUUUAUUGUUGAUAAAAAUAAUGGUACAAUAAGUGUUGCACCAUGUCCAUCACCAGGUUCAUCACCUUGUCUUGAUUAUGAAGAACAAGCUGAAUAUUAUUUAACAUAUAAAGCAACUGAUGAUAAUGGUAAUGGACAAACAACAACUGUAUCAUUAAGAAUAUCACUUGCUGAUGCAAAUGAUAAUACACCAAUAUUUUUACAAAAAACAUAUCGUGCUGUUGUUGAUGAAGGUGCUGAAAAAUUUGAACCACAAUUAAAAAUACAAGCACGUGAUCGUGAUAAAACAUCAAAAUUAACAUAUAAAAUAAUUAAUGGAAAUGAGCUAAAUUUAUUUAAUAUUGAUAAUAAUACUGGUGAAAUAAGUAUUAUUGGUAAUAAAGAUGGUAAAAUUUAUUUAACAAAUAAUUCAACAAAUAAUUCAACUAGUAAUAAUAAUAAUUGGAUAAUUUUAACGGUUGAAACAAAUGAUGGUAAAUAUAUUGAUACAGCAAUUGUUAAUAUAACAAUACGUGAUGUUAAUAAUAAUUCACCAAUAUUUUUAAAUGAUAAUUAUACAGCAAGUGUACCAGAAAUAGCUAAAAUUGAUUUUGUUGUACAAGAAAUAAAAGCACAUGAUGCUGAUAGUGGUAUUAAUGCUGAUAUUAAAUAUAGAAUACAAAAAGGUGCAUUUGAUGAUUUUGUUAUUAAUGAAAAUACUGGUAUUGUAACAGUUGCUGAUAAUUUAGAUUAUGAUAAACGUUAUUUAUAUAAUAUUGAAAUAAUAGCAUAUGAUUGUGGUGUACCAAGUUUAACUGGUACAACAACACUUAUGAUUAAAAUUGAAAAUGAUAAUAAUAAAUCACCGUAUUUUGUACCAAAAAUACAACGUGCUGAAGUUACUGAAGAUUCAUCAAUUGGUACUGUAUUUACAACAUUAAAAGCCAUUGAUCCAGAUAGUAAAACACAAGAUGUAUUGGCAUAUUCAAUAACAGAACCAAUAACAGCAAUUGAUAAAAAUGGUAAAUUAAUUAAUGAUAAUGAAAAUAAUAAUAAUAAUAAUAAUACAACAAUAUCAUUAUCAUAUAAAAAUUUUUUUGCUGUUGAUAAAAAAACUGGACAAGUAUCAGUUGUUAGUAAAUUAAAUCGUGAUAUUGCUGCAACAGUUAAUUUAAAUAUAAUUGUUAGUGAUACAUCAGCAAGUGUAUUACAACAAGAUAGUGGUACACUUGUUAUAACAAUAAUUGAUGUUAAUUAUUUACCACCAGAAUUUUUAAAACCAUGGACAAAAGAUAAUCCAAUAAUAAAUAUUGAAAUGCAAGAAGAACAACCAGUUGGUUCAAUAGUACGUGCAUUUACAGCAACAGAUUCAGAUAGUAAUAUAUCUGGUUAUGAAAUAAAUCCACCAAGUUCAUAUUUUACAAUUGAUAAUAUAACUGGUGUUGUUAGAACAAGUCAAAUAAUUGAUUAUGAAGAUACAAAACAACUUAAUUUUACAAUAACAGCAUAUGACACUGGUGUACCACAGUUAUCAUCAAGUGCAAAUAUUAUUGUUAAAAUAAUUAAUAUUAAUGAUGAAGAUCCAAAAUUUUUAAAUAAAUCAUAUAGUAUUAAUAUUGCUGAAAAUUCAUUACCAGGUACACAUGUUACAACAGUCAAAGCAAUUGAUAUGGAUGAUGGUAUUUAUGGUGAAAUAAAUUAUAGUUUAAUUGGUGAUCAUGCAUCUGAUUUUAUAAUUAAUAAUAAAACUGGUGAAAUAAUUGUUGGUCCAGUAACAGUAUUAGAUCGUGAAGAUACACCACAAUUAAGUAUAACUGUUAUGGCUAGUGAUAAUGCACCAGUAUCAUCACGUAGAACAACAACAGUACCAGUAUUAAUAAAACUUGAUGAUAUUAAUGAUAAUAAACCAAUAUUUACACAACAUCAUUAUCGUGCAACAAUUGCUGAAAAUUUAUCAAUUAAUCCACCAGCAACAAUUUUACAAGUACAAGCUACUGAUUAUGAUGAAGGUGAUAAUGGUCAUAUAUCAUAUAAUAUUAUAAAAGGUAAUGAUGAUAAUUCAUUUUUAUUAAAUCAUGAAACUGGCUUUUUAUAUCCUUCAUCAAAAGGCUUGAUUGGUAAAUCUGGUAAUCAUGAAAUUGAAAUUGAAGCACGUGAUGGUAAUGGUAAAGGUAAUAAUACUGAUCAUGCUACUGUUAAUAUACAUGUGCUACCAAUAAAUCAACAUAAACCAGAAUUUAUAAUGCCUGAAUUGACAAAUGCAACUGUUGAAAUACCAGAAAAUGCUGGUAUACCAAAUUAUCUUAUAAUGACUGUUAAAGCAAUUGACAAUGAUCCUGGUGAAAAUGGACAUGUUAAUUAUCAUUUAAAAAUAUUUAAUAAAAAUGUACAAGAAAAUGAUGAAUUUAUUAUUGACAAAGAUAGUGGUGAGCUAAGAACAAAAAUAAUACUUGAUCGUGAAAUAAAUAAUAAAUUUGAAUUAUUACUUGUUGCAACUGAUAAUGGUAGUCCAACAAAUUAUGAAAGUUUACGUUCAUUAACAAUAUUACUUGUUGAUACAAAUGAUAAUGUACCUGAAUUUAAUAAAAAUAUAAUAUAUAAUUUUAAUAUACCAGAAAAUAGACCUAAAAAUUCAAUUAUUGGACAAAUUAAUGCUGAGGAUAAAGAUGAAGGUAGACAUGCACGUAUUUAUUAUUAUAUUGAAGCUGGUAAUAAUGAUUAUUCAUUUUAUAUUGAUAAAAUUGAUGGUACAAUAUUUACAAAUAAAUCAUUUGAUCGUGAAACUCGAGAUUCAUAUUUAUUAACAAUAUUUGCAUCAAAUGAUCCAGAUAUUUACAUGUCAUCAUCAUACAAUAACAAUAACAAUAAUAAUGAAAAUGACAAUGACAAUGAUGAUGGGAAUAAUAAUAAUAAUCGUAGUCGUGUUAAUAUAACAAUAACAAUACUUGAUGAAAAUGAUUGUCCUCCAAUAUUUGAACGUAAUGAAUAUUUUGCUGGUGUUAAUUCAAUGGCAAAUAUAAAUGAACUUGUGUCAACAGUUAAAGCAUCUGAUAAAGAUGCUGGUUUAAAUGGUACAUUACAUUAUUAUGUAUCAAGUUCAAAUUUAUAUAAAUAUGAAUCAGAUAAACCAAGUGGUGCUAUUGUACCAAGUCCAUUUAAUGUAACACAAGAUGGUAAAUUAAUAACAAGUGGUUAUAUGGCUGAAUAUAAUCAAAAUCGUUUUAUUGUUGAAAUAAUUGCUAAAGAAACAUCAUAUCCAGAACGUUAUGCAAUGACUAAAGUACAUGUAUGGAUAUAUGAACCAACUCAAUUAAUACGUGUUAUAUUUUCACGUCCACCAGCUGAAGUUAAUCUUCAACGUGAUGAAAUAAUAUAUGAAUUAUCAAAUGCAACAAAUUGUCGUGUUGUUAUUGAUGAAAUACGUUUUCAUGCUGAUUCAGCACGUUCAAUAAAACAUGAUUGGUGUGAUAUGUAUAUACAUGUUGUUGAACCAAAAACAAAAACAAUUGCAUCUGUACAAAAAGUAUUAAAAUCAAUUGAUGAAAAAUAUGAUGUAUUAAAAAAAUAUUAUAUUGGUUAUGCUAUUGAAAAUGUAUUACCAGCAUAUGCAAAUGGUACACAAGAUGAUACAUUUGAUCCAGCAUUAGCAGCAUUAAUUGCAUUAAUUAUUGUAUUAAUUGUUGGUGGUAUAACAUUUUUAGUUGUUUGUUGUUGUUUACGUCAUUGGGUUAUAAGUGUACCAAAUAAUAUACGUAAAAAAGAUGGUUUAAUUAAAAAACAAAUUAUUGAUGAAUUAAAUACAACUGAAAAUCCAUUAUGGAUUGAACAAAAAUUAAAACUUUAUGAAGAACAAGAAUUAACAAUGCAAGUAUUUAAUGAACCAGAAAAUUUACAAUUAAAUAAUGAUAGACGUGGUAGUGCUGGAUCACAAGACAAUACAUAUGCUACAAUUCAACAUCCACUUAAUCCAAUAAUAACAACAGCAACAACAACAACAACAUCAAUAUCAACAGCAACAACUAGGCAUCGUCCAACAACACCUGAUUAUACAACAUUACCAGGUAAUAAUAAUUGUAUUUAUGAAUCAGCUAUGGGUUUUCAAGGCUCAACAUUUCAACCGUCAACAAAUUCUGUGCCACAAUUAACACUUGAUAGAGAUGGACAGCCACAAUUUGUCUCUGGAUUAAUUUAAAUUAUAAUAAUUAUCAACAAACGUAAAUCAUCAAUUUCAUCAUUUAUCAUUAAACAAACUUCAUAAUCAAAAAUAAUUAAUUAAUAUACAACAACAACAUCAACAACAAAAUAAAUUUUUUUCUACUACUACUACUACUAUUACUACUAUUACUAUUACUACUACUACUGCUAGACAAUAUAGAAAAUGAGAGAAAAAUUAAAAUUAAUAUAUUAUAUGAAAAUAUUUAAAAUCAAAAAUAAAGAAAAUAUAAAAAAAAAAAAAAGUUAUAUAUGAUGUUUGUACUCGCAGAAUAAUGAUUAGUGACCUCGACAAUAACUAAAUCAUAUGAUUUGGUCAAAAAUUGCGAAUGUUCAUGUUUUUUAAUUUCAUUAUUAGUGCUGUUUUUAAUUAAAUAAUUAUUAUUAUAUUUAUUUUAUUAUUAUAACUUGACUAUUGAAAUUUUAGAUGACAUUGUUAACUUGAUAUUUCUUGAAAAAUUUUCCGUAGAAUAUGUAAUUUUUUCAUAUCGAUAAAAUAUAUAAGUAGUGAAUUAUUAUUAAUAUUCAUUAGAUUAUUUAUUAAAAAUUUUAAACCAAAUUAUUAAAUAUUUGUACAUGUGUGUGCGCGUUUAUUAAAAUGAGGUUUUAUAAAUUUAUUAAUUCAAAUUUUUGGUAUCUUUAUCACUUGAAAAAUAGGAAAGAUUUUUAAUGAAUAAUCAUUGUUAUGGGCCAAUAAAUAAAAAUAACAAUUAAUUGAAAUAAUAAUUUGAUGUAAUAUUUGUUAAACAAAACAGUAAAGUUAUUUUUAUUUUUAUUUUUUUUUUAAUUAUAAUUUAUAUUAUUUUAUAAAUUUUAGUUGAAAAAUUGGGGAACAAUUAAAUUUAUUUAUUUAUUUUUUAUGCUUUUAUUUAUUAAACAAUAUUAAAAAGUUGAUUAAGAAAAUUUUAAACUUACGAAUAAUUAUUUCGACAAUUAAACAGUCAUUUUUUAAAGAAAAAAAAAAACAAUUAACAAA